AUGCCAGGCACAGUUGCCGACGGUCCUACGGUUGCGUUAUCCUUCGCCAACAACUUCUGGGGCAAAGAUGAUGCAGGUGUUGGACCUAUGCUGGAGCGCAUGCACGCGGCUAAAGUGUCCUGCGAUGAACUGAAAACCUUUUAUAAUAUCCGCGCUGCUAUCGAGGAUGAGUAUGCACGAAAGUUGCUAACGCUAUGCCGCAAGCCUCUCGGGUCGAGUGAGAUGGGGUCACUCCGAGGGUCUUUUGAUACGGUCAGAGGAGAGACAGAGGCCAUUGCGAAAGCCCACGCCGCGAUCGCCGGACAAAUAAAAAGAGAAUUGGAGGAGCCAUUGGUUGCUUUUGCAGGUGGUAACAAGGAGAGAAGAAAGAUUAUACAAACAGGCAUCGAGCGUAUACACAAGACGAAGAUGCAACAAACCCAGACAGUGAAUAAGACUAGGGAUCGCUACGAACAGGACUGCCUGAGGAUAAAGGGCUAUCUUGCACAGGGCCACAUGGUCAUGGGCCAAGAGGAGCGUAAGAAUAAGGCGAAGCUCGAGAAGACCCAGAUUCAACUUGCGUCUAGUAGCAGUGACUAUGAUGCCGCUGUCAAAGUGCUGACGGAAACCACUGGUCGCUGGAACAAGGAGUGGAAAUCUGCUUGCGACAAAUUUCAAGACCUCGAAGAAGAGAGGAUAGACUUUACCAAGAGCAGUCUCUGGACAUACGCCAAUAUCGCGUCAACAGUCUGCGUUAGCGAUGAUGCUUCCUGUGAGAGGAUUCGUCUCUCACUGGAGAACUGUGAAGUGGAGAAAGACAUUGUUUACUUCAUCAAGGAGAGGGGAACAGGGCAGGAGAUCCCUGAUGCGCCCAGAUUUAUCAACUUCUCUCGGGGAGAUAUUAAUGAUACAAGCUCAGAGAUAUCCGAAGAAGAAGGUUAUUCGGUAGCUCAGUUCCAGCGCACUAUAAACCCUGCAUUCCGCAGCUCUUCACCACAGCCAUCGACUUACGAGUCUCACCACGAUACCCAGCCCGCACCAGCAAGUUCGGCUCAAAACGAGCCUCCAACACCAUCAAGCCAGGAAGCUACAGUUACUCCACAGAAACCAGCUCUACCAUCGUUGCAAACAUCAGCGCAACAUCCACUUCAGCAUGCAAAUCAGUCGCCAAUACAGCAACAGCCGUCUCCGUUAGAUACGCGCAGGGGGAAUGCUCAGCUUCCACCAAACUACGAUCCCAAUCAGCAUGGUGAGAUUGCGACCGUGCCUCACAACGAGUAUCCAACGGAUGGCAUGACGAUGUUUUGCCGAACCGGUCCUCCUUCUGAACGCAGCUCGGGAACAGCUAGCGGCUACCGGCCAUCCAGCCGUGAUUCCCAGAGCGAAGUCUCCAACUCGACUUCGAUAUCUAGCCAUGAACCCACCAGCGCUAGGCAAUCCCCGACUAAGCCAACGAAUGCAGUCCCACUACCUGGGAUGGUUGGCGAAACGCAAGUCCAAAAGAAGAAAUUCUUCAGCAACAGCCCAUUUCGGCGCAAGAGCCGACACGAUAAAGAUCGUAACUCGGGGUCUUCCCAACUACCCACCCGGCGGACAUGGGAUUCUCCUUCAAAGCAGACCAGCUCAAUAAAAGCACCAAGCCCUCAGAGGCCCCAGAAGCCGCAGCAGAUGGUUAUCCCCAAGGUGGGGGAGGAAAUGCAACGCUCAGCAAGCCCUGAGCCGGUUGACCCGAGGGCUAACUUCCAGUUGAAUGUCGGAAACAACGUGUUUGACGUGGCUUCCCCAGAUAAGGACAAAGUCAAAAAUGGAGUACAACCUGCAAAGGAUGGACAAGAAGAGCUCGACCCAAUCGCACAAGCUCUGGCGGACUUGAAAGGCGCUGGAAAACACUCGGCGACUCGGGUCUCUGCCGACAGGUAUCAUGGCAUUGCUACGCCAGUUCCCUCGGCUCCCCCAUCGACUUACAACAACCCAAGUUCUGUGUCCACACCACCCCCUGCAUAUAACGACCCAUCCGUGAAGCGCCUCGACGCCCCCCAGCCAGCCUUCACUUCUGCACAAAUGCAAAAGACGACACAGAAAUACACCGGCCAGACGCACAACAUGCUCCGAGGCAGGGUCAACCCACCCUCGCUGUCCACUCGCACCAAGACGACACCCCAAGACGCCCCUCGUGCCCAGUCGCCUGCUCCUCCAAGGAGGAGCGCAAGUCCUCAAGUGAGCACUCGUGGCGAGUCUCGCAUGAGUCAAUACAGCCGCGCUGCGAGCCCGAACCCAAGCACCUAUCAAUCAAACAGCUUGAAUAGCCGCUAUAGCCAAUCUCCAACUGUCUCUACGCCACCCCAACGACCUAGCGACGGGCCGUACUCCCCUCACGACUUUACGAAGCGAGCUUCAUUGGGUGCUGCUGCACCUCCCCGUGCCGUGUCUCCAACCGAUUUCGCGAAACGUGGUUCUCCCACCACAGCAACUAGGGCUCCGUCUCCUAACGAGUUCUCGAAGCGAGCAUCCCAGAGCUCUGUACCUCGCGCUGUCUCUCCCCAGCCUCAAUUCCGGCAGCCACAGGCAUCUGCACCCCGGGCUGUCUCCCCUCAGCCUCAGUUCCGUCAGCCACAAGCAUCAGUACCCCGGGCUGUCUCCCCUCAGCCUCAGUUCCGUCAGCCACAAGCAUCAGUACCUCGCGCUGUCUCCCCUCAGCCUCAGUUCCGUCAGCCACAAGCAUCUGUACCCCGGGCUGUCUCUCCUCAACCCCAAUUUCGGCAACCACAAGCAUCGGCUCCACCCCCUGCAUCACCGAAAGAUUUUACCAAACGGCCAGCUCAAAACUCCAUUCCGCGCGCCGUGUCACCUCAACCUCAAUUUCGUCAGCAGGCUCGACCUUCAAGCGCUGGUGGGAUGGAGCUGCAGCUAUCGCAACCUUCUGACGCGUACAAUGGUGGUGGUGAAGCGUUCGGAUCUCCGAGGGAGAGUAGAAGACCCAUGUCUUAUUACGACGGUGGAAGCCAGCGAAGUCGGUCUAGAAGCAGGUCUAUGGCCGUCGCAGACCCCGGAAGACAAUUCAGCCGAGAUGGUCGCCCUAUCUUACAUUUCGCACGCGCAUUAUACAGCUACACUGCCGCCAUUCCCGAAGAACUCGGUUUCAGCAAAGGCGAUGUCUUGUCCGUAAUCCGGCUCCAAGAUGAUGGCUGGUGGGAGGCCGAAGUCACCACGACUCGAUUGAGAACGGGCCUGGUGCCAAGCAACUACCUCCAGAUCAUCUAA